AUAUCUUUUUGCUAACAUAACCUAUAUUCAAUAGCCAUUUUAAAAUGUCUGCGACUACCACAAUAGAGAUAGAAACUACUGAAGUCUUGGGUAAUUCAACGUGUAUCAGCAGAAAAGACUCGCACGUCCUAAUAUUGAGUUUUAUACCGAUUACAGCACUUCUAUUCAAUAUUUUGGUUUUGGUUGCUGUUAUUUUGUACAGGUCAAAACUGAAGCAGAACAACGUUUAUAUAUACGUAUUCAGCGUUUUGAUGUCAAAUAUCCUCUUCACAACAUUGUCGUCUUAUCAAUUAAUUAACCAUUAUCACCAGUUUGAAGGCAACCCUACAAAAGAGAAUUCGGCUGUACGACAAUGGUGGCUGUUCCGAAAGGCUCUCACAGUCGCAACAUACUUAAUCAUGAUUGGAAACAUCGGUGCUUUGAUUUAUGCAAUACGAGCUGGAAACUACGUCAUCGCCAAAGCAGCAUCCUUGCGAUCGUGGUCUCCCGGUGAAACAAAAAUACCAUCUGCACAAGCGCAACGCCGUAAAGCAUAUUCUCUCGUUGCAGUUGCAUGGACCUUGCCUACUACAAUGUCUUUGCUGACACUUGCUGGGUGGAAUUGCAGCGACACAUGUGAAUGUUUAAGCGGUUGCUACAGUCUGGAGAACAUGGAAACUACACCUCAAAGAUCUUGCAGUCGUGUUUUUACUCCGUUGAGCAACUCUUACAUGCUGGUGACGGUCGUCGUUUGGACCUUGGAAAUGUCUGCUUUGUUUUUCAUGAUUUUCAAAACUUUCAGGCAUUCCGAAAUUUUCUCAACCAACUGCAUGGAAUCCGAUGAUAAAUAUGAUAGAGACGGCCUUGAUCGCACAGAUACUUUUAAAGUUGUCAAAGAAGAUGACAAAGUAAUGGACAAGAAACAGGCGUGCGAAUCUUCAACCAUCGAUAAAAGAAUAUCGUGUACAGAUGAUAAGAGAUCAUCCAUCAUCAACGACAAAAAUACUGUUAAAGGUCGUCGGUUAGAGAGAAGAAAAAGACGUCGCGCGAGAUGGCUUAGAACAGCUUCUAAACAAUUGACAUACCUCACUUUACUAUUCUUCGCAUGCACACUCCCAGCCAUGGUUUGUCUACUGAUUGAUAGCGUCCGUCAAGAAUACACCAAACAGUCUAUAAGCAGCGUUUUGCUUUCUCUUCCGAUAUUAUACAGCAUAAUCUGUCCCGUUAUUCUGGCAAAGGAUCUGGCUGGACUCAAAAAAGCGAUUAUCGCCUUGAUAAUAAAGUUGUUUCCAAGCACAAAAACAACUCAUCAUACAGGUACCACUACAUACACAUCAAGUACAAUGAGCGAAGCUGACAAGUCCAAUAGAAUCAUUACCAAAUGAUUGAAUAAUUUUGCUUUCUGUUACUGAAAUCUGAAGUCAACUAAACGUCAUCUUGGUCAUCGCCAGGCGAAGCAAUUUCUACAUAUCAAGAAUAGAAUAAGAUGAACUGUAGCUGAUUAUGUACAAUGUAGCUGAUAUAUAAAGUUAAAAACAGAAGCGGGGACAUUUAUAGUGACGACAAAUGCAAUGUAAAAAAGCUACCUCACUUGCUACGUACCCUUAGCUCGGCACCAAACACGACGACAAACAUCGCAUACGUAAUCACAACUAUAGCUCUUAGUGCAGAUAGGGACGUUUGAGAUAUACUUGCUUGGCGGUAAAUUUCGCUCGCAAGAGCGGCACGACGCUGUGAUUAAUCGAAACAUACCGCUUUAUUAAAGUUCUACUAUCUGUCCAUCAUAAGCAAGAAGCGUAUGAAUAGAGUUGACUAUGCACCAUAUUUCUUUCUUUGUCUAUGAAAUGUAUUUAUAAACUUCGUAAAGUGUGUACAUAUGAAAUUAUAAAGUUUUAUGAAUUAUUUAAAUUUCUUCAACAUUGUAUUAAUUUAUGUGAAUAAUAAAUAGAUAUUACCAUAAUAAUGAAUUCCGAUUGUUUAUAAUUUACAAUUUAGCAGCGUUAGAGCUCGAAUUUAAGCAAACCCUUCACAAUAUUUCUUCCAUCUGCUACAGAGAAUUCAAGUUACUCGUUUGUCCGUGUUGCGAAAAAGGAUUAUUAAUGCUAUUUCAUUGUGUUUGGAAUGGGUGGGGAGGCCUCAGACCUGAAGGCUAUAAGGUUACAAAUGCACUCCUUGCUGGAGGAAUGUCAAAUGACUUCGCGUCACGAGGAUAUAUAUAUAAAGGCUAAAAGAUAAGUUUAUUAGGUCAUUAACCGAAUAUAAACUGGAUUCACACAAGGAAUUGUCAGGACAUAAACCUAUCACUUUCCAUAAUGCACAUGCCGUUUCGUCAGUUUAGAAAAGAAACACCACUCCGCGAAGUGUACGUGUAUCUUGUUGGGUAAUGUGCGAAAAUCCCAAGUCUUGCAUAUAGUUUUUUUAACAUCUCAAAAUUUCACAACUACGGUAUUCAAAACGAGAUGAAAAAAUUGAUAAAAAAUACUUUAUUAUUGAUGUGGAACAUUGAUAAAAUCGACAAGAAAAAAAGAAAGGGUUUUAAUAAAUAACCACACGCAUGCAAACAAACAUAGCAGUUGGUAAACACUUCGGUCGAUAAAUAAAUAAAUAAAAGCAAAAAACCAUGUGCAGUGAGUCGUGACUAUUACACCAAUUAUAUAAAAGCUGUAUCCAGUGCUGGUUCAAGCUGGCUGAAAAUCUAAUCACUAAGUUAAGGCCAGAUUUCCUCUAGUGUGUCCCUUUGGGUACAACCACACUUGAACCAAGUAUGAAGC